GCCUUUGGCUGAUUGCACAGGAAAGUAACAGUGAAGUGAUCUCUGUGAAUGGAUAUGUUUGUACUUAGCCUAAAUUAAUAGCUUAUCUAAACCCUUAACCGAAAGUAUUUUGGUUUGACUGACGCCUCAUUACUCCGGAUGUGCGACAUGAACCUACACCUGAAAGGCGAAAAGUAGCCUACUGCUUUGGCUAUUAAAUCCAAGUGGAGAGCGGAUCUUGUCCAUGGGUGGAUUUACAAACCUUAGUGUCGUCUUGAUGGAUUUUAUUUGUACGAGUUUAAAGUGAUGAGCUGAACAAGGAGCAGAACAGAGGAUGGCGAGCACCCAGCAAUCUGCACAGGAAUUCCUAGAAAAUGGAAAGAAUCUGCUAACUGGAUCUCAUUUAAACUGUGAUCCUGUAAUUGAAGCCUUAAACCAGUGCAAAUUCUUCAAAACUCAUGAGCUUAAUUCAAUUGAAUCUGUGGAAAUUACUCAGGAUAAGAUCAAGAUUAUCCUUGAGCUAGUUAUUUCUAAAGGUGAAGAAGCAUGCUAUAAGUUUUUAAAAAUUCUUGACAAAAAAAGAUUUCAAGUAUUUCCAAGACAUGCUUCGGGUUCUCCAGAUUUACACCACUGGAUUAGUUGUUUCUCCUUCCAGGAAGAACCACAAUCUCAGACAGCAAACACAGCAGAUCCUUGUAUUAAAUACCAGGGCCUUUUGAGAUGGAAAGCAAGACAAAUACUGGAAGAUAAAUGGAACCAAAGUAUGAAUUUCUUAAAAAAUGAGCAAAAAAGAAAACACUUCAUGUACGUGCCCCUUGUUAUGGACACAGAUUCUAGUACAGGUGCAAAGCUUAAGAAGAAUAAGGGAUGCAAGAAAUCACGUUCAAAGAAAAUGAAGACCUACAUUCCAACAGCCAAGAAAAUGUUGUCUCCCAAAGACUUGCUAAUGAAUGAUGAGAGAAGCAUCCUGCUUGUGGGAAAACCUGGAGUGGGUAAAACAACAGUUGCACUGGAGAUACUUAGACUUUGGACAGAAGAGAAAAACAUUCCAGUGAGCUAUAUGUUUUAUUUUGAUGAGCCAUUGAUGAGAGUCUACACUCAGUCUCCAUAUCCUCAAACCUUGAAGGAUCUUCUUUUUCAAAAGUACAUGUCCCCAGAUAAAGCGCCCAAAGAAGUCCUGGAAAAUAUUGAGAGCAAUUCAGAGAAUGUUGUUAUAAUUUUUGAUGGUAUCAUGGAUGUGAUUGGAAACUCUGUGAUUAAACAACUAUUGGAGAAAGAAUUUCUAAAGGAUGCAAAAGUGUUGACCACUUGCAGACCAGAAGCUGAGGACACAGGUUAUUUGUCAGACUGGCGGUCUUAUCGAGUGGAGGUUCAGGGCUUUAAUAAUAAGUCCAUCUUUGAAUACUUUGAUUGGAUGUUGGGAACAACAGAUGACAUUGGUGCUUUGGAAAACCCAGAGUUGUUUAGUUUAUGCUCUGUACCACUGUAUGCCUUCAUAGUAGCUGCCUGCAUUUCAGUAAGUCCUACUGAAGCAAGGAAUAAGCCAUUUACAGUUACAGAGAUGUAUGUCCAAAUUUUUCGAUUUUGCAUGAAACAACAUGGGCACCAAGAUGUGGAGCACUUGGAUAAGUACAUUAAAGAUAACAAGAGGGAUGUCAUAAACUUAGCCUUAGCCUCCUAUCAAGCAAUGCUAGCAAAGACAGUGAACCUGACAGCUUUGGAUUAUGAAGACAAGUCUGUGCAAAAUGCUUUCUUGACAAAGCAAUUCUGGAAUCCAUCCACAACCUCUUGCAAAGUGUAUGCAUUCCUGCAUAAUACAAUGCAAGAGUUUUGGGCAGCUCUUUAUCUAGUUUUAAAUCCUGACAAGAUUACCAAUGUACUGGAUAAAUGCCAGAACAAUGAAGAUGGGAAAUACCUUAAAUAUAUUAUGCCAUUUUUGUCUGGACUUCUUUCCGAUAAUGUAGUGGAGCUCAUAAAGUGUUUGGUGCCAGUAGAACAGAUAGAAGCCACACGUGUCAAGUACUUUCAACAGAUUAUAGACCUUUUCCUUUACACCAAAGAACAGAAUCAAGAAGGCGAUUGUGAGCAGUUUGUGGAAGCUGACAACAUCUUAUUUGUGUGCCGAUGCCUUUAUGAGUAUCACUUCCCUGAGGCAUGCCAACUCUUCCUGCAAAAGGUUCAGUAUGAACUUGAUUUAGAAGACCAAACACUUGAUCCUCACCAGUGCUGUGUAAUAUCCUAUGUGGUAAAUCAAGCUGUGCAUCGGAAUAUUCAUCUGGAUCUCACAGAUUGUAGCAUCACUGAUCCCGGCUUGAAACUACUUCUAAGCUCAUUGAAAAAUCUGAAAUUUCUCAGGUCAACAAGCACAUUGAAAUCUCAAAUGUGGAGAGUGGCUCUUUCAGCAGGGCAGUUUUCAGAUUUUGAUAGCUUGCUUAGCUUAUUCAGCUUUGAAAUGCAUCUCUCUGCACUUGAAACACUAGACCAGAGAGUGUUUCAAAGGAUAGGAGAAGUCCUUAAAAACAAGAGAUCAGAGAUCAGUGUUCAUCUUUUCCUGCAUGUAAAUGAAGAGGUCAUAUCCAGAUCUUUGCAGAAGGCAAUUUUUGAGAACUUACCCAAUAUUGCAAGCAUUAGGAUUUCCCCCCAUCAAUUUAAAGUAGCUAUAGAAACAGAGCUCUAUCUUCAAGGAGCUAUUUAUGAGACAGGUCAACGAUGUGUAAGGAAACUGCUGUCUGUUUGCAGCAAUAAUCAAAGAGAGAGCUUUGAUGAGCAGUGUAAAUUCUUGCUGAAAUUGCAUGAACAUGCCAAGAACAUGGAUGUUCUUCCAGUUUUGCAACCUGUUUUCUAUGCAUUGCCAUCUACUUGGGUUGUACAGCCUUCAAACCCAUCAGUGUCACUACUUCUCCAAACCAUGCAAGUUCUAAAUUUAAGGAAGCCAGCUGAACUAGAUCACAUCACAUAUGAGCAGAGUGAACUUAAAAUAAUUCUUCAAUGUAUGCCUUACAUUACAGAAAUGAGGUUCAGUGCUGCUCUGAGACAGCCCAAAGACAUCCACAGAAUUGUGAAGAUUGUUGCUGAUCUUUUCAUUCUUGCAUCUGAAAGUGGAGGGGCAAAACUAAGAAGCCUUUCUGCAGCAUGCAGUUACUCAACGUUUCCCUUUGCUGAAGACAGCAAAGACAUGCAGAGCUCUUUCCUCAUGGAUCUCUUCACCCAGCUGAAGGAAAGUUCAUCAUGGAACAUAACGCUUCCAGCAUUGAAGCCCAUUCUUCAGGUUGCCCCUGCUGUAUGGACAUUGGACCUACAAAAACUAGAGAAGACUUUUGCUCUUACUGAGCUACUGAAGCUUCAGGCCAUCAAAAAAUCUGUGGAGCUCACAGGCUGGUCAUGUGAAAGUGAAAAACUUAGGAGUUUCCUAAAUUGUUUACCCUAUAUUUCACACCUUUGUAACUUGCUAUUUCUUUAUAGUUGUAAUGAGCAGUUUUUCCAGUCUGUGUGUGAAGUCCUUUCAGCAGACAGCGAAUGGAAUCCAAUACAGAUUGCUGAGCUUUUAAGAUCCCUUGGUUUUAGCAUUUCUUUGAUAGACAUGCUGCCAAGUCGCCUCUGCAAAGCUGUUGGCAAUGUUUUUAAACUGCUGGACAAAGAGGAGAACAUCUCCCUCAGGCUUCUUCCUCAAAUGAUCUCUUGUAAAGGUUGUGCCUGCCUCUUUUCAAAUGUGCAAAAGAUUGAAAAAUUGAGAGUAAAUGAGGUAUCAACUACAAAGCUGGCAAGACUGGUCAUAUCAGAUCAAGAAAUAAAUGCUGUAACUGUGAAAGAGCUGUCUUUGGUUUUGGUUAACUCUCAUCUACCAGAGAGAGCACUAGGCCAGCUAUUAAGUAACCUAACUUCUCUUCUAAGAGUCUGGAGAGUCCACAGCUUGAACCUGUCUGAAUUUAAUAUUGAGCCUCACUGGCUCAUUUGUCUGCUGUGUCAUCAGGGUCCCUUGUCCAUUAAAUUUCAUGAAGUGACUCUGCAACGACUGGCAGAAAUUGUCUAUGAUGCUCAUGAUGAAAAUUUGACACAGCUGUUCCUGGAGAAAAUUGAUGGUGAUUUAUCACCUUGUAAUUUGUCCUGGGAGGUUUUAUCUUACCUAAUACAGGGCACCACAAAGCAAGUGACACUAGACCUUGCAGAGGGUAGAUUUAGUGUCUUGAAAGUUCCAAGCCUUCUUGCUUUACUGGACAAAGUGUGCUUUAAAAGGAUAAGCCCCCGGUUUGUCAGGGCUGCAUUGAAGGAGAUACACCAAAACCAUGCUGGUCAUCUGAUUGUGAAAUUAGUUAAAUCUUCAACUAACCUGAUCAAUCUUUGCAUGAGAGAACUGAAUUCAACGGACUGCAAAGCUCUCUGUUUUGCCCUGCACUAUAGUGAUGGUGUUAAGCUCAACCUGUUGAACUCCGUCAUACCAAAUCAUGAGACUGACAGCAUCGUCAAACUUCUGCACAGAGUAUCUGAUCUGAGGGUUGAUAGAAAGCUGUUGUUGAACUUUCUCCAUGCGUCUAAGGACAUGGAAAAUCAAGGAUAUUUGGCGUCUUCCCUUUUGACUGCACUGAACCACAAACUGGACUUCUCCUGCAAUUCUUCUCUCGGCAGUGGCCGUUCUGGUCAAGAGAAUAGGGAGCUUCUAACUAUGAGUCGAAAUGAUUUUAAAGCCAUUUCUUCUGCCAUUAAAACAUCAACGUGCAAUACAGAAUUGAUUUUACACGACUGCCAAGCAGAUGAUUCUGCACUUGAGAUUCUAUUCCCUAUUCUGCACAAAGUAAAUCUUCAAUUGGGCAAAAGUCUUCUUUUUCAGGUUUUAACCUUGAUUUCCAAUGCCCCCAUGGCCAUGUCUUUGCAAUGGGCAUCGUCACUUUCCAAAGCUCUUGGAAAAGAGCUGAACAUCAGUGGCAUUCCUCUUAACUAUCGUACAUGUGAGUCUCUGCAGUUAGUUCUGGAUGACAAAGAGGAGCUCACACACCUUAAUCUCAGCUAUUGCCAGAUCACAGAUGCAUGCUUGGAUCUUUUGCUCCCUCACAUCCACAAAAUUGUGAUUUUAGAUCUUACUGGAAAUGACAUAACUGAUAAAGGUGUGCUGAGACUCCGCAAAACCUUAGAUGAAAACAGUUUCACAAAGACCAUAUGCCUUUGUGACAACCAAAUAACAGAGAUGGGCCUCUUGUUCGAAGAAGCACGCUUUCAAACCCAACAGGCUAAUACAAGAAGAUGCAUCCAAACACAGAAUUACAUCACAAAAGAUUUGAGAUCAAAAAGUGAGAUGGGAAAAUCAGUCACUUCUUUUGUUAAGACAGAAGAUCUCAUAAAGAAGUUUGAUCCUGAACUAGCAGUAAAUAAUGGCAAGAUGAUCUAUAGGUUUCAAUGGAAGACAGAAGGCCUUUGCAUGUGCAGUGCAACAGGGCUAGUAUUUGGACUGAAAGGAAGUGGAUGUGUAGAGUACUAUGUGGCUCACUGGGAUAUGCGGCUCCUCAUCAACACUCACUAUGAGCCUGCUGGACCUCUGUUCGAUAUCAAAACCUCUGCUGGAGAAAUCUAUGAACUUCACCUCCCACACUGUGAGACACACGUUGAUGCAAUUGGAAGUCUAUCUGUUGUCCAUAUAUACAGUGAAGACUCCUGGGAACUCCUUUCUCCAAAGAAAUUUUCAAGAACGCAUGUAGCUGUAAAUGUCCGUAGUUUAUCUAGGUAUGGCAUUGUGGAUGAGAACGAUCAAAAUAACAAAAUCAUCAAUGGCCAGGUGUUGCUGUUCCAGGAACCUGACAUGUCACUCACUCAGCAAAGGCUUUGGGUUUUUCUAUUGCCAAGCAAUGUCCCACUCUCCGAGAUUAAAGAACAGCAACAACAGUAUGCGUUCAUUCAAACCAGCUCUGACUGCAAACUACAGAUAAAUUCAAAGUACACUCUGAUCUCAAAAAAAGCCAACAGAGUCCAACCGAAGGAAAAAUUAUUUGAACCCUUGCAGGCUGGUAAUCACCAUCCUACAUUUGAAGUCUUCUUAGAUAAAGAUGUGACUGAACUGAGAAUCAAAAUUCAACUUAAAAUAAAGGAAAGUGCUACGGUUAACUUCAAAAAUGCAUGGAAGCGUUGGAUAAUUCUCAAGCAAAACACAGAUAAUCAUGCACAAAUGAGAUCUGAAGGACAUUCUAACAAUCAAGUAAACCGUCACACCUGGACAUCUGCUCUUGGUGAAAUCAUGGAGGAUCUUAAAAGUGAGGAGUUCAAGAAACUAAAGCAUUUAAUGAUGCACACUGAAAAUAGAAUUCCCAUUUGUUCAAUGAAUCUUGAAGAAAUAAAAGAACGGUGUGAGUUGGUGACUUUGGUUCUUAAGACAUGGGGAUUCGAAGGAUCAGUGAAAGCCAUAUGUGAGUUCAUGAAGAAGCUGCCUCGCAAUGAUGAAUCUGUGACAGACCGACUAAAGCCAUAUGUGAGAAAGUUCAGGCUUAAGGAUUAGAGCAUAUCACAGACUUUUCGAUCAUACUGACACAUCUCACUGUAAAAACACUUUUUAUUAGCCUAACGCUCAACAACAGAUUACCUCGGUGUGGCAACAUUUAUCAUGCAUUGAAUAACUGUUAAUUGUAUUGUAUUUUUUUUUUACUGUAAAUUCUAACCCGUGUAUGUGGUUUUGUAAUUGAUUUUGUAAAUGAAUUGUAUAGAUGUUCAGGCUACUCAGGCUAUAUGUUCAUAUACUGUAUUUAUUUAGCUGAUGCUUUAAUUCAGAGUCAUUAAAAACAUUAAGGAUACAACAACAUGAGAUUUGCUGUAAUUAUGUGUGGGUUAUUUCUAUUAUUUGUUUAUAUGAGAAUCAUAUGUCCAAAUAUUUCACA